CCGCCCGCCAGUGCCACGAGUGGGUGCAGGUCGGGCUGGAUCGCUCCGCCUCGCUACACAAAAGCAGCAGCAGGAGGGGGAAGGCGGCCGUCAUCAUCAUCACCACCACCAGCAGCAGCAGUAGUAGCAUCAUCACCGGUGUCGUGUUGUCGUCAGCUUCCCGUGUGGAGACGGAGAAACGCUUCGCAAAAGCAUUGCGGCGGCAGCGGGCAGCGUUGGUUUUUUAAAUGUUGGAAUUCGUCAUCGGAACACAGACGUGAUGGGGACUGCGUGAGAUGCCAUACAGCGGCGUUGUCUUACACAGUGAGGCCCGCGGUUGAAUUUGCUGCUGCUGUUGUUUAUCUACGGGGAGCAGCAGCAGCCAACAGACGGGAGAGGGGAGAAUCCCACGCCUGCCUUCCUCACCAUGGAGCCAACCAAGCAGCGAAGCAAGAAGGACUGGAGAAUUGGCUACUUCAGCAACGCAAAGGCGAGGAUGAAGCGCAAGUCGCACUCCGCCGACCCUGUGCUGGGACUCAAGGUGACACUGCCGCCCAACAAGUCCUCGCCGGAUCUGCACGCCCAGGAGGACGGGCUGCCGGCGGAGGGGUCAGGCGACUCGGGCGGGGUCAGCCCCGCGACCGCCCCGCGGCUCGCUGACGACGGUGCCGCUCAGGAAGCCUCUCCCGCCUCCCCCCCUUGCAGCGGAGCUGAGAACGGUGACGGUGUGCUUGUGCCCCCGGAGCAGGAGGUGCCAACCUCGCCGGUCGAUGGCGGCAUCGAGCUCAAGUCUCCGGAGAAGAAGGGCAGGAAGGUCUCCUUCCAGAAGCCCCUGGGAAUGGUGGAAUACACGGUGGAAGAAAAAGAUACGCUCAACAGCAUUGCCUUGAGGUUUAACACGACUCCCAACGAGUUGCUGCACAACAACCGACUCUUCUCCCACACGAUUGUCACCGGGCAGUGCUUGUACGUGCCUGACCCCGACGGCGCGACAAGUGAGCGCGGCUCGCCGCCCAUGAGCCCCUGCAGCCCGUCAUCGCUGCACCCCCUUCAGCGGGGCCCGCCGGGGGCGGCCGGGGCCCGGGACCAGCCACUGGCGAGCAGCUCGCCCCGGUCGCACCGCGUGCUCCGUGACCAGGCCUCCCUCUCCGAGGAGGAGGAACCCAUGACCAAGAAGUUCCUCAAGAUCAGCUGCAAGUACAUCACCAAUGGCAAGGGUGUGGUGGGAGGGGUGCUCCUUGUCACCCCCAACAGCCUCAUGUUCGACCCGCACAAGUCCGACCCGCUGGUGCUCGAGCAUGGCUGCCGUGCGUACGGCCUGCUGUGCCCCAUGGAGGAGGUGAUCUCGGCCGCCGUGUACCGCGACACGGCGCACAUGAGCAUCCGCGACACCCUCCCGGCAAACUUCUCCGAGUGUUUCUGUUCCCCGAGCAGGCCCGAGGACGUGGGGGCCUUCGCGCCGGAGCACGAGCUCAGCCCCUUCACGCGUCUGGAGCGCGAGCGAGCGCGCUCGGCCCUCGCCUCCGAGCCGUCGCCGGAACCCGUCCCCGGUCGACCCCCCGACGGCUCCGCCCGCCCGCCCGCCGGCCCGCCCGACGGCCGGGGGUGCCGCUCGUGCGGCGGCCUCGCGGCGGACGACGGCGAUGGGGCGAGUGACGACGCGCCCGCCGGCGGCGCCGCCGCCGCCUCCGCCGCCGACGACGGGGACGACGCGGACGACGACGAGACGCCCUCGGACAGGGCAUCGUGGAGCCUGGCCUCGGCCGCGACGCAGGCCAACGGCUCCUCGUCCGCGUGCGAGAAUGGCGACGCCGACUCGGGCGCCGGGGAGAAGGAGGAGGCGCCUUGGGCGGAAGACGUUCCCACCGGGGAGGAGCACGGCGGCGCACGCGCGCUCUUAGAAAGCACGAAGAUCCAGGGGGAUGGCAGUCCUCCGCUGCACGAGCGUCGUGAAACCGACGGCCUAACUACUUCGUCGGUGGCGUCCGAUCUCAGCUCCGUAGAUGCAACAGCAAAGGGGAACGGUGGCGAGCCUGAAACAACUGGGCCGGAUUUGACGAUGCCAAACGGUGAGACGGCGGAAGGGGAGAGCGAGCGUCCAGAAGUCGCACUCGAUCCGGUAACCGGGGACGGUGACGUUCGGGGCGCGACAAUCACGGCGGAGGUGCCGGCGGCGCCGUCAGGAGAGGAGGACCCUGCGAAGGGUGAGGAGAGUUCGGGGAUCUCGGUGGAGGAGCACCCCGGGAGGGACUCGAGUGAUGCCCGCGCGGGGGACGUCGCCACGGCCUCCGCGAGCUGCGCGCACGAACACGGCGUUGCCGCAGCGCAGAAUGAAAAUGAGCUUUCGGCUGCGAUGAUGAAUGCAUCGACCGCUUCGGUGUUGACACCGGCCAACGGCGGCGAUAAAACGGACGCGGAGACUUCGGCGGCCGAGGAGGCGGAGCCGUCGGCCGCGCGGACGGAGACGCGCAACGAGCAGAGCUCCGGCAUCUCGAUGGGCUCGUCCACGGUAGGCCGGAGCACCGUGUGGUACGUGGAAGAGGAGGAGCUGGAGGCGGUCAUGGCCGACCGGACCGGCGAUCGAGACGACAAGGAGGACGCGGCGGCCGCGGCGGACGUCUCCUCUGAGGGCCAGGAUGAGCAUCCCGGCCCGGACGUCGCCCGCGCUCCCCUCGUCCGGGAGGCCGAGCGCUCGGGCCGAAAGUGGAGGAGCCUGGCCGACCUCCCCCGUAGGGUGGUGAUGAAAGGGCCUCCCAAGGAGGGCAGCGGAAGUGCCCAGAACGAGGCGGGUGGCGGCGGUUCCCAGAAAGGGGGCGGCAACGCUCGUCAGAAGCGGGGCAGCGGCGCCCGCCAGAAGCGGGCCGGCAGCGGCAGCAGCGCCUUUCAAAAAGGGUGCGGCGGUGUCCCCCAGAGGAAGGGUGGCAGCGCGAAACAGGAAGAGGGGAGCGGCGCGAAACACGAAGAGGGCGACGCCGCGAGACGGAAGGGCGGCGGUGGUGCGACGCGGGAAGAGACUGCGAGCUUGCCGCAGGAGGAGGCCGCCGUUGCGCAACACGAGGUGAGCGACGACGUCACGGAGGAAGGGGGCGGCGGCCUCGCGCAGGAAGAGGGCGUCGACGUGCAGCAGGAAGGGAUGGGCAGGGACGCUUGCGAGGUGGAUGGCGCGACUGGGACGAAGCUGGCGGGCUCGGCGAAGGGCAAGAAGAGGAAGGGAGAUGGCGGCGAAGGAGUUUCUCGGCCGCGUUGGGAGAGGACGAAAAUUUAUUCGGAGGCACAGAAGGAACCGUUGCACCGUUUGUUGAAAACGAUGGAAGAGCCAAUCGAAGCCCUGCUUCCGGCCCGCGAGCCGGAGAGCGACUCCCCGCCGAUGUUCCUGUGCCUUCGCGUGGGCAAGCCCAUGCGCUGCUCCUUCGAGCCGGCGCGCUCGCCGGUCGUGCAGCACUACGCCUGCCGCGGAGCCCAGCCCGAGUACUGGUUCGCCGUGCCCAAAGACAGGGUCGACCAGCUCUACACGUUCUUCGCUCAGUGGACGCCGGAGGUGUGCGGAUGCGGCGGUGGUGCUGGCGGCGGUGGCGGCGGCGGCGGGGGCGGCAGUGGUGAUGGCUCGGGGGAGCUGGGCUUCGUGGUUCUGGAGCGGCAUGACGCGGAGGCCCUGGAGGCCAUCGAGGACUUUUACUCGGACUCCUCUAUGGACUGGGAGAUCGUGACCCUGGAGGAGGCUCUGAGGAGGCAGAGUCUCCACACGCUCACCGACAGCGAACCGGAGCCCAUGUGGCCGACGUUGAACGUUGAGAGCAACUUGCUGCAGCACCACCACAUUGAAAAGCUGGUGCCGGAGCUGCCCCCGCGCACGGUGGGCUACACGUGGAGCCUGCUGUACGGCACGGCGCAGCACGGCACGAGCCUGGGCACACUGUACCGCUCCGCCCUGCUCUCCGACUCACCCAUGCUGCUUGUCGUGUGCGACACCGACGGGCAGAUAUUCGGGGCUUUCGUAUCUUCCGCGAUCCGAUGCAACGACCACUACUACGGCACUGGAGAAACCUUCCUGUUCACCUUCAAUCCGGACUUUAAGAUUUUCAGGUGGACGGGAGAAAAUUCUUUCUUUGUCAGCGGCGAUAAGGAUUCCUUGGUCAUUGGUGGUGGAGACGGCGUGUUUGGCUUGUGGCUGGGGGGCGACCUGUACCACGGGUCGAGCCGGCGCUGCCACACGUUCAAAAACGAGCCGCUGGGCACCCGCGACGACUUCUGCGUGCGGGCACUCGAAGUCUGGGCCUUCGAGUGAGGAGCCCCCGGUGUCUCCCGGCCGAGCGGCCCCCAUCGAGGGUCCCCCCCCUACCCCACCCCACGACACCAACCCAUGCCCACGCCCAGCGGCGAAGGUGACGAUGAUGAAAGAGUGCGAGACACGCCAGGGGGACCCUCGCUCGCGGGCUCCACGGACGCGUGCCAGAUGUUCCCUUCCAGGUCCGGGCGUAACCAAAGGGUCCGGCAGCCCCACCACAACUUUGGCGCAGGUUGUGGCGAGAAUUCCUCGCGGCGUGCUGAAUGGGCCCCGGGGAAGAAAUAUUUACGGAGAUCGCUCCACCCGCAGUCCGGCUCGGCGACAAAAGGCGCCCGGUGAAAAUGCGGAGUGAGCUUUCGCGGAGCGCGCGGCCGUACGCGAGUUGUACGAUGCACUCGUUGUUGCGUGUGUGUACGUGGGUUUGAUUUUUGUCAGGGUCGUUGAGGUCGGCGGGGUGGGUGGGUGAUCGGUGAGCGUCGCCGCCGUUUGGUUUGUUGUCCGCUGCCGGCACUGGCGACUCCACCUUUCUCAUGGCCCUCGCCACGCCGGUUCGUUAGCGGGUGACGGGCUGCGUUCAUCUUUGCGAGAAGGUUCUCUUGCCCACUUAAUUACGCCGCCCUACGAAUGACGCGCUUUUAUUUGCUCUCUUUUACAAGCGGCACAAUCGCCCGGGGAUUGCCAGCAAUCCCCGGCGUAGCAGCCUGGAGCAUGUGAAAGGGACUGGGAGGCUCAUUAGUGACGAGAAUGGCUUUAGUUCUCUGCCGAUAGUAUUGUGAUGCGAUGCUUAUCUCUGGCCGUGAAAUGCUUUAAUUGUCCGCGUUUGGGCUUUUGUGAUCGCUAUCGGCGAUUGUUCUGGUCUUGUCCAGCAAAACGUUCACAGUUUGAGUCAAACGUGAUCUGAAACCAACGUGGUGCGGUAUGGUGUGUGCAGGAUUUCAAAACAAAGCUUUGGUUUUGGGUUGAUUUUAAACGAGCCGUGAGAUGGUGGAAACGAAAAAUGCAGGAAUUGGUGCAGGAAAAAGUCUCGUGAGGUGCUAAUAAAAAAAUAAAAAUUGUAGCAUCUUAAUUGGUUUUUCUGGUAUAAGCCAUGGCCUUGUACAAUGCCCCUGAAUCUCUCUUUCUCUGACAGGUCCAUAGCUCGCUGUUAAUAGUGAAGCAAGCCCGGGUGGUCACAUUGCACGUGUUGUCGCUCCCAUGCUGUGUUUAAAUUUCCUAAUCGGGAUGAGUGACCACUCAUGCACCACCUGCACCGUGCCUGGCCUUUCAAUUGGGGCAGGUAAAACAUCUCGUGGUACAAGGUCUGAUGAAAUGUUCCUUUGACCUAAUGUUAGACCUCGUUCUGAGCCACAUUUUUACACUUUAAAUAAUGAUACUUGGUGUAUUAACUUGGGAAAAAUCUGCAAGUUUCAUGCUUUUAACGUCCUAGCCUCAAAGCCUUUCAACAACACAUCAUAUUUAAAACGGAUCUCUUCGUGAACACACCAGGGGUUAUCCGCAUGUGAAAUACAAAUCACAAGUAUGCUCUUCUGCACAAAAACAGACACUCAAAGCGUGGACAACCUCUGAAUUGAUCUUCACGGAAUAUUCUUUGAUACAGCGCCAGUGACGUAUUAUUUUUUAGACUAAACUUGAUGGUGGAUUUCGUCCUGUACAAUUUUCUUUCCGACUGCAGUAUAUCCGAGGCUGCGAUCGUCAUUCUACGUUGUUAAAGACUUCGCAGUAGUCUUUGAGCCAUGUUGUAUUCCACUUAAAUAAUACAACUCUAAAAGCUGAAACUACCACCAGGAACGUAAUUCGAAGCUUCUUGAGACUCUUCACGUUUGGUAUUCUUGCAGGUGUUGUGUUUGUACAAUCCGCAUCUAAAUUCCUUGCUAAUUUUUUGUACAUGAUUCCCAAAAAGUAAUUGUUGCGGAAGCUUUGAUUUUUUGUUCGUAUGGCAGGAUGGAAAAAGCAACGGUCUUGAAACGUGCUCCAGUUGUUGUGCUACGUUUUUUCUUAAAACGAAUCCAAGCAGGCAGUCGACGAUGUAUAGCACUUCCAAUUAGCACGGCAGGCGACGUACGGCGCGAAAGAAGUUCAGCAUCCAUUGCGCUCGUUUUUUUCUGCAACACACAAGGGAAAUCGCCCAUGGUUGGCAGAACUUAAUUAAAGUUUGCUGUGGCCACCUUCAUUAGAACGAUCGUUCGUUGCCGUAAACUGAGCGCAUGUGCUUUUGGGAGUAGUUUCUGCAUUCGAAGGCAGCGGUAGGCCAGGCAAUGUGGAGAUGCGUGGACCUGUGUUUUGGCAGGGCUUGUUUCACACGCGUUUGACCGAAUUAACCACCUCAUUGAAAUGAACGCUAUGUUCCGGAAGCUGAGCGCAUGUGCUUUCGGUAGUUGCUGUAUUCGAAGGCAGCGGUAGGCCAGGCGUUGUGGAUGUCCGAGGCCUGGGUUGUUUUAACUGAAUCGUGAUUGAAUCAUUUUGUUGUUGUGGUCCAGUAACAACUACACGAAGAACGGUGCUUUUCCUUGGUUUGGUAAAUGUCAUGUCGGGUUAUUAUGAUUGCACCUCUGCUGCCAUUAGCGAUGUGAAGCUCGCGAAUGUGAUAGACGCAUUGCAGGAACUUUAACGAGUUUGAAUUCGACGUUUGUUUCUUCAUUAUAUGGAGAUUUGCUUGAAAUGCACGGCUCUACGUUACUGUAUUUCUUUUAUUAUUAACGUAAUUUUUUAAUUAUAUUUUAAUACAAUACUUGAAAUGUGUUUUCUAAACGGUUGGUGCUUAGCCCCCCGAGUGCGAUGAAUUAUAUUGCAUCUUGGAAAACUGAAACUUGCAUUAUAACACUUUUAAGAAUAUUAAUCUUUUUAACGAUAUCCACAUAUUACCUUUGCUCCGGACACUUUUCAUCCAGUAAUUGGUCGUUUAAAUGAAGAAAUAAUGUAACGGAAUAUUCACAUGCUGUGCACGUUCGUGCGGUGACGACUUUGGUUAACCGUGAGUAUAAUAAUUGAAGAAUAAUGUACAGCCCUUGGUCACUUGACUGCUGGAUUGAAGGCUUCCGCUUGACGUGUCAGUGGUGUGAGUUAUAUGACCGUACUUCACCAUCCUGAUCAGCGUGGGCUGGUGCAUUGAAGGCCACAGAACCGGUUGUGGAUAUCGCUCGCCGCUGAUGAUGCCCGUUAUCAGGAAUCAAACUCGGGUCGCAGCGCAGGGUUCAUGGCACGGUGAGAUCACCAAUGUGCCAUCGCUACACCAUUGUUACGUUCUUCAUCCCACUUACACAGUAUUCCGAUGUUUUUCCAAGAUGCUAUAUUUUUACCACUUUUUGCAAACGAAGUUUUUUUUUUGUAUUUGACCACGCGGAUGUGUUAUUGAUGAAAGAAUUUUGCUGGUUGCUCGUAAAAAAAAAAGUAUUGCAUAUCC